CAGUUCAACUGAAACCCUCAACAUGCAAUCUCUGCGUCUACUGGUUAUACUUGCUCUUCUGAUGGCAACGGCUCGGGCCAGGAUCAUAGAGAGUGGAGCGGCGACUGAGCAGGAGAUUGGUGCUUCCCCGGAAGCAGUCAAACCUGUGGAAGCAAUCAAACCCGUGGAAGUGGAGAAGCUAAAGGAAAACGUAGGCAUUCAGGAGAGCCAAGUGCCUGUCCAGGCAAACCAAGCUGUCCAGGAGCGAAGAAAAGUGAUCGAAGAGAACCAAGUGAUCCAGGAAACUUCAGAAGUAAAGCCUGAAACCCACCAAUCAGCUGGCAAUGAAAUACCCAAGGAUCAGGCACCCAUCGAGAAAGUGGAAGGCCAAAGCCACCAACAGGCAGAGCAGCAGAAACAACAGCCACAGAAGGGAGAGGCAGUGCAGCCGAAGGGACAGUCAGAGCAACAGAAGGGACAAAUUAAAGGUCGCGAGAUCGAACUGGUCUUCGAGCAGCCCGGACAAACCCUGCUGCAGUACGAGAAUGUGGGCCAGCUCCAAGGACAGCUACCCAAUCUGGACAAGAUCUUCAAGUAUCCGGGAGCCCAGCUGCUGAAUGCCAGCGAUGUACAGUACUCGCAUCUCUUCAACAAGUUCCAGACGGCCCCCAGGGUGGAGUUCGUACCCACACUGAACACGACGGGCGCCAAUGUCACACAGCACAUACACAACCACACGCACUACUACCAGAACCAGAAGAAGCCAUUCCCCUUCCUGCCCAAUCUCUUCGAGAAGCAGGAGACGACCUAUGUGAACCGCACCUCUCCCUCGGGCAACGUGACCUACGUGUACGAGGAGGGAAAGCCGUCGGGAGGAGGCGCCUUCCCAUUCCCUGCACUGCCCAAUCCCUUUACCGAUUUCCCCAAGGUCGUGGGCCUCAGUCUGGUGCUGCUGCCGAAUCCCUUCUACAAGGGACAGUCGUCCAGUGCCAAUGAUCCUUCUGUAAGUCCCACCGAAGCCACGAAAGCAUAUCACUACUUUGAGAAGUUCCGCGGCUUUGCCGAUGAGUCAUCCUCUAAUAUGCAGCAGAAUCAGCAGCAGAAGGCCGGAAACCGUUUCUACUUGAUCUCCAAUCCCCUGCUGAACCACGGCUCCGAGGAAGGUCGCGGCGAGAAGGUCCAGAACACGAAUGUCCUGCUGCCAGUGAAUCUGGCUGCCUUGCCGCUUCUGGUGCCUGCCCCAGAGACCAACCAGGAGACGACACCCAAGCAGGAACCGACUGUGGGCCACAUCAAGAUCGAGGAUCUGCUCAAGACAUCCAAGUUCUAUGUGGGACAGCCGCUGCAGUUCCAGCCGGUCAAUGGCAAUGGCAUCGGCGUCGGCGUCGGCAACGGUCAAAAGCAGAGCCAGGAUGCAGCCAUUCGGCAGUUGAUUCUCACACAAUUCAACCAGCAACAGCAGCAGCUGCAGCAACAACUGAAGCUGCCCCUUAAGGACGAACGUCGCUCACAGUCUGCUGCCGUCCCUGUGGAGGAGGGCGAGGAGAGCUCUGUCCUGUUUGCAGUGGAGAUACCCAAACCCAUCUAUCGCUUCUUCAAGGGGAUCUUCGGCGGAUUCUCGGGCUAA